AUGAGCACCCAACGACAGGGCGCAGCAACGUCGCAGCGGAACCAGUGGCACACGUCGCUGUUCGACUGUUUCUCGACUCGUUGCGACACGUGCGUGCUGGGAUGCUGUCUGCCCUGCUAUCUGCACGGCCGGAUCACGUCUCGUCUGUCGGGAGGCUCGGUGUCAGCGCUUGAGGCAUCGAUUCCCUCCUUCGUCGUGUGGGGCACGCAGUGGUGCGGCUCGGGCCUCGUGAGGCAGAUCAUCGCUCAGAACCCCUGCCUGUUCGUCGUCAACUUCAUGUGGUGGCCGGGCUUCGUGACUCACCGCACGCGCAAGCAGCUAAUGCGGAAGUACAACAUCGAGCCGGACCCGGUUCCGCCGCUGCUGCUGCACCUGUGUUGCUACACCUGCGCGCUGUGCCAGGAGGCGCGGGAGAUCGAGCACCGGGAGCCGAUGAGCGGGCUCGGGGUCCGGCGACAGACGGCGCCGCCGCAGCAGCCCAGCAUAUCCUGA